AUGGCGCGUCCGAGAAAGGACGUCAAGUUCAACCACCAGGUCCGCAGCGCCAGCAAUGGAAGAGCCCGGAGACCCUCGCAGAGCAUGUCCGAGUUCAGCGACCCGGGCAGUCCCACCAUCAAGGAGGAGCCGACGCCUCCGUCCGCCGAGCAACCCCCCCAGAGCGAGUACGAGAAGAAAAAGGCAAACUUCAUAACGCGCACCGUAUGGACCCUUGUCAUGAUUGCCGGCUUCUUCUGGGCGCUGGGUGCCGGCCACCUCUUCAUAAUCAUCAUCGUCACGGCAGUCCAGGUCAUAUCCUUCAAGGAGGUCAUCGCAAUCGCAAACGUUCCCAGCAAGGCCCGCAGCCUGCGCUUCACCAAGUCGCUCAACUGGUACUUCCUGGGCACUGCCAUGUACUUUCUCUACGGCGAGAGUGUCAUAUACUACUUCAAGCAUGUUCUCAUGGUUGACCGUCUGCUGCUUCCCCUAGCUACCCACCACAGGUUCAUCUCCUUUAUGUUGUACAUUAUCGGCUUCAUCUUCUUCGUCUUCUCACUGCAAAAGGGCCACUACAAGUUCCAGUUCACCCAGUUCGCCUGGACGCACAUGGCUCUCUUCCUCAUCGUCGGGCAGGCACACUUUGUCAUCAACAACAUUUUCGAAGGCUUCAUCUGGUUCAUCCUCCCCGUCUCCAUGGUCAUCUGCAACGACAUCUGGGCCUAUCUUUGCGGCAUCACCUUUGGAAGGACGCCCCUCAUCCAGAUUUCGCCCAAGAAGACAUGGGAAGGCUUCCUAGGCGCCUGGUUCUUCACCGUUCUCUGGGGUGUCCUUGUUACCCACUUUGUUGCACGCUACAAGUACUUCAUCUGCCCUGUCAACGACCUUGGCGCAAACAUCUGGUCUGGCCUUGAGUGCCGACCCAACCCUGUCUUCGUCGCGCGCGAUUACUCUGUCCCCUUCCUUCCCGAGGGCCUUCCAAUUCCCCGCACCUUCAGCAUCAUGCCUGUGCAAUUCCACGUCAUCAUGCUCGGAACUUUUGCGUCUCUCAUCGCGCCUUUCGGUGGCUUCUUCGCCUCUGGUCUCAAGCGCACAUUCAAGAUUAAGGACUUUGGUGACUCUAUUCCCGGUCACGGUGGAAUGACUGACCGUAUGGACUGUCAGUUCAUCAUGGGCUCUAUUGCAUUUUUCUACUACUCGAGUUUCAUCGCUGUUCACCACACUACCGUCGGUGGAGUGAUCGAAGCAGCCGUCACCGGACUGACCUACGAGGAGCAAAUGGAUGUUGUCAAGAUCCUGAGCAAGCACUUGGUGAACCAGGACGUAAUAUCACCGAAGGUACUGGAGCUUCUUUCGGAGCAAAUCCCUGGAACUUCUGCGACUGGAUUCCGCCCGUUUGGAGAGAAGCUGCGCCCUUCGCGCCUCCGAGGUACCCGAGACAAUGUUGCACUCGCGCAGCAACCAACAUAUAUCCUCUACGAACAUGCGCGAGAUGAGGGCGCAAAGGGCAACUGGGACGAGGUGAUGAACAUCUGCAGAGUCCUGAUCAAAGACAGAGGAGAGCAGCCAAACAAGGAAAUGUAUGCAGCGUUACUGCAUAGCUUCGUCGACCCCAAAACCGGCACGGCGGGCAAGCUGCGCAAAGUGCUCGAAGAAAUGGGCUUUUGGAACGAUACGGACGGCGCCCUGGUUGGACAGCCGAAAAUUGAGCUGGAUGCACGGGGCUGUGAGUGCGUUCUCGAAGUGCUCGCAGUCCAUCCCGACUACCUCCUCCGCGACGAAAUACUCGAAUACAUGAAGUCGCGCUGGUUCAAUCUUUCGGAUCGCGCACGCAAUUUUGUCGUAGCUGGAAUGCUGCGCGAUCGCCACUUCGAACACGCACUCAUGACAUUGGAAGAAAUGGUUCGGAACAAGGCGCGCGUCGAGAGCUGGCUGUUUGACAAAGCUAUGUGGAUGUUGCUGGAAUUUGGGGAAGUCGAGGAAGCUUUUCACGUGCUGGGCCUCAAGGAAGCUGCCAAGAGCAAGAGCAGCGGGACAGGUGCUGUGGAGCUCAGUAGUGCUCUGUGGGGAGCUUUACUCGAUGCCGCAUCGCACAAGCUGCUUAAGCUUGACGAGACAACCCUCGUAUGGACGACACAAGUUCAACCGGGUUACCUCAAACCAGGGACCGGGGCCUGUCUGUCCGUCCUUAACCUCGCCUCGCGCCACGGAGACGUCCUUCUCGCUACCGACGUUUUCCGCAUCCUGACGGAGCGAGGGACAACAUUGAGCACGCACCAUUACGAGCUGCUCAUAUCCGCAUAUCUCAAUGCCAACGACCUACAAGCAGCCCUGUCCGUGAUUCUCAUCAUGGUCGAUAUCAACUUGAAGGUCAGCCCUGGAACCUGUGAUCCUCUCUACUGGUACCUGUCGGCUGGAAUACCCGACGAAGAUAGCCGACCUAUGCAAGCCUUCAGGCAUCUGCAAGACUUCGAGGCUGCGGGCCGUAAGAUACCUACCGCAGCCGUCAACGCAUGUAUUCAAGCCAGUAUCGCACGCGGGCGCCUCGACGAAGCCAUUGAAAUUUACAAAGCUCUGCAUACUGUUUCUCAUGCUGGCCCCAACACCGGCACCUUCAACAUCCUCUUUCGAGGAUGUCAUGUGGAAGGGCGCAAAGAGCUUGCUAUGUUCUUGGCUAACGAAAUGGUCAAGCUGGGUCUCAGACCCAGUCGUCUCACAUAUGACCGUCUGAUCCUGGUUUGCCUCACAGCUGGCGACUUGGAAGAUGCUAUGCUAUACUACGAAGAGAUGGUGUCAACAGGUGCUACAGCCGGUAAAAAGGGUCCUAUGAAGCCCAGAAGGAAUACUUGGGAGGCAUUGAUCUAUAGGUGCAUCGAGCAAGGCGACGAGAGAGCAGUCGCACUGUUGAAUGAUUACAAAGACGGCGUUGAGGAACCGCGAAGGAAUAUAGAAAAGGCAGUAGUAGAUCGCUUCGAGUAUGGCAUCAUACGAAGCGCAGAUCCUGCGGACAUCGGACGAGAAGCGACCGAGAACACAGCAUCCGACGUUGUGGAAGAUCAACAUGUCAAGUCAACGUCGGAGCUUGGUAGAACCCCAGAAGCUGGAGCUGACGCGGAACUGUCGGAGAAACGAAGUGGGGCGCCUUCUUAA